CGUUAAUCAUAUGUUUUCAUAAUUCGAUGGUUGUGGAAAAAACAUCUUGGUUGAUUAUUGUGAACUAAUGUUAUCGAUCUACCUUUUAACGUUUUCACAACUUCAAGGAAAUCUUUAAAUCUUCACGGUGACCUUUUAAGCUAUCAAGAUGCCUAAAAAGAUGGGAACAAACUCUAAAGCUGUUGAAGCUCGUGCCCGUAAAGAUGAGAAAAAAAGAGCUGAACAAGAUAGGAUUCAAAAGGAAAAGGAAGAUGCCUAUUGGAAAGAUGAUGACAAGCAAUUGUUGAGAAAAGCCCAACGAAAAGCUGAACAAGAAAAGAAAAAAGAAGAAACUUUGGCUAAAAAAGCUUUGAAACAAGCUCUUUAUGAAGAAGAAAUGGCUUCAAUCAAAGGACCCAGUGGAGGUGGUAGUUCAUCAGGUCCUACUAAAGUAACUCGAGCUCAAAUUGCAACAAAAUUAGAGAGUAAAAAAAUUGAAAGUCCUAAGCCUAAAGUGAUUGAAACUCCGAUUGAAGAAAAUCUGAACAGAAUACAAGUCGAGAAUGAAGCUCGCACGGUUGAUGAAGCUAUUGCUGUUCUCAGUGUUGCAGAUACAGAAUUUGAACGUCAUCCGGAACGACGUGUGAAAGCAGCUUACACAGCCUUCGAGGAAAAAAUGUUACCUAAAUACAAGGCUGAAAACUCAAACUUGAGGCUUUCCCAAAUCAAGCAAAUACUAAAGAAAGACUGGAUGAAAUCACCUGAAAAUCCUCUCAACCAACCUCAUGUGGCAUACAAUUCGGCCAUUGUCAAGAAAUGAUGACAAUUUACCCAGGAAUGGAAUGUCAAAGACUCUCAAUCAACACUAUUCAAUCCAAUUUAUCAAAAUGGAAUCACAAUAAAAUUGGCGUGAAACUCAAUCUUGCAUGUAAAUUCGUCGAAAUGUAAACUCAACGAUGCUGAAUAUUUUGAAUUUAUUGUGAUAAUCUACUCUAAAAAAUUAUUUUGAGCUCCUUGCUUGUGACAGUUGUAAACAUGCAACCAACUUGUGAUAUUUUCAUGCUAAUCUGGCCCAGAUGACACUUUUAGGAUUAUACAUCAUCAAUUUACAUUUAAUGCGUAAAUAUCGAAUUUGAAUUUUCUUUUUUUACAAUUUUCCUGCAACUUUACAAGUUAGAACUUUUGGUAUAAAUCAGACAAUAUGAUCAUUAGUUACAACAAUCUACUUUGUACAGACAAUUUGUAUCACAUUUAGUGAUUAAAAUCGAUGAAAUUAUCGUUAUUUUGUGUUGAACUGAA